AUGGAAGAAUUUGGUGAUUGUCAAUCACUCAUUCCAACGUGUAAAACUAACCAUGAUCGACCAUCUGAUGUCAAUAUUUCGUUCGAUCCAUUAUUGAAUAAUCAAUUUUUAUCGUCAACACCAAUCAAUUUGUCUGAAAGCGAUUCGAUGAAUAAUAAUACCAGUAACAACGGCGAUGAAACGUUACUAAGUGAACACAAUAACGUGCGUAGUCUCAAUGAUAGUUGGUUAAUUAUUCAAAGGACUAGUAAACGAUGUUUUACUGAGAAUAAAACGUUGAGACAAAAUCGUCAAUUAUUAGAAGAACAGCAUCAAACAGAACUCGCGAAAAUGAAACAAGAAUAUGAACAACGAUUAAAUGAAAUAAAUGCUGGUGAAAUAAAACAAAAUUAUGAACAUUUAUCAAAUGAAUAUUCAAAGAUACGUGAACAAUUGAAGCUAGAAAUGAAAGAAUGUCAACAAAAACAACGUGAUUUUGAUAAUUUGAGAAAAAUGAGAGAACAAAAUUUAUUAAUGACAAAACAAAUAAUCGAUAAUCAACAUUCAAAAGAUGUCUCAUCAAUCAGACAAACGAUUGAAAGAUGUAACCAACAAUUACAUUCAUUAACAGAACUAGAACAACGAGGAAAGGCUAGUUUAUUGAAAUAUGAACAAAGAGUACGCGAUGAACUAGAGCGAAAAGAUAAUUUACUUAAAAUACAUAGACAACUAAAAAAUUAUAUUGAAUCGAUUCGAAUUCAAUUACUUGGUUUAGACAAAAAGUUGGAAUCAGUCGAACAGGAAGAAGACAGAAGAAAAAAUCCAAAUCGAAAUAAAAGUCAUAGUCGAUCACCGCCAAGAAAGAUUCGAAAGGUUAGAUCAAUGAAAGUUUAA